CCCCCACCAGCUGGCCCGUCUACUCCCGCGCCAGCUGAGGUCUCUUCGCCUUCUUGCGUCAAGCAUGUCAGGCUCUGGGCGAAAAGACUUCGAUGUGAAGCACAUCCUGCGACUCCGCUGGAAACUAUUUAGCCACCCGACGCCGGCCCCUGGCGGCCCCGCGGGGGGCAGCUGCCUGCAACAGGACGGCAGCGGCAGCUUCGAGCACUGGGGACCCAGCCAGAGCCGCCUGCUCAAAAGCCAAGAGAAGGGCAGCGUGAGCACUUUCUGGAAGAAGGCUUCCUCUUCCUCCUCUUCUUCGUCUUCUUCCCCGUCCUCUUCUUCCUCUUCCUUUAACCCACUGAAUGGCACCCUGCUGCCAGUGGCCACAAGGCUGCAGCAAGGGGCGCCCGGGCAGGGCACCCAACAGGCAGCCAGGACUCUCUUCUACGUGGAGUCUCUAGAGGAGGAGGAGCCAGGCAUGGACUUUCCUGGACCACACGAUAAAGGGCUGGUCCUGCCAGAGCUGCAGGUGGAGCCGGCCGACUCCAGCCAGGCAACAGGUGAAGGAUGUGGACACAGGCUGACAGCAACUAGCCAUUCAUUGACACCUCAAAGUGAUAUGGACUCCAGUAGCUCUGAAGAAUUCUAUCAGGCUGUUCACCAUGCUGAGCAAACCUUCAGAAAAAUGGAAAGUUACUUGAAACAACAGCAACUCUGUGAUGUUAUUCUGAUUGUCGGGAACCGAAAGAUACCUGCACACAGGCUUGUUCUGAGCUCAGUCUCCGACUAUUUUGCUGCCAUGUUUACAAGUGAUGUUUGUGAAGCCAAGCAAGAGGAGAUCAAGAUGGAAGGCAUAGACCCCAAUGCCCUCUGGGACCUUGUCCAAUUUGCAUAUACAGGUAUGGAAAACAUAAUGGAAGUUAUGAGAAAUCAAGAGUUUUUACUGCUUCCAGCUGAGGAGCUCCAUAAACUCCUGGCCAGCGAUGAUGUAAAUGUUCCUGAUGAAGAAACCAUCUUCCAUGCAUUAAUGAUGUGGGUCAAGUAUGACAUGCAGAGGCGAUGCAAUGACUUGAGUAUGCUUCUUGCCUUUAUAAGACUGCCGCUGCUUCCACCACAGAUAUUGGCUGACCUAGAAAACCAUGCAUUAUUUAAGAAUGAUCUGGAGUGUCAAAAGCUGAUUCUGGAAGCAAUGAAGUAUCAUUUAUUGCCAGAAAGAAGAACUUUAAUGCAAAGCCCAAGAACUAAACCUAGAAAAUCUACAGUUGGAACUCUGUAUGCAGUAGGAGGAAUGGAUAACAACAAAGACUUGACCUUGGAAAAGGAGUGUCUCAAGAACAAAUGUUUUAGUGUUAGGAUUCGAAGAUCUCCACUGUCAGGAAAGGUAGGGGAUAAACGGUUCUGCGUGCAAACAAUUCUCAGCCUCAUGGAAAAAAGAGACCAUGAGAUGGUCUCUUUGCCAAAGGCAAACACAGGACUUUUUUCCACCUGCCAAGAUUUGGACAGUCCUAAUGUGUCACUGGAUUGCCCUCCUUCUUGUGGCUUCAAAGAAGCCUGCCUCCACUUCUGUUUUCAUUUCUCCCCUGUUUUAGGAGUAACAGUCCUGGAAGGUCCUAUUUAUGCUGUCGGAGGCCAUGAUGGCUGGAGCUACCUGAACACAGUGGAGAGGUGGGAUCCCCAGAGUCAGCAAUGGACAUUUGUAGCCAGUAUGUCCAUCGCCCGAAGCACAGUUGGUGUAGCAGCAUUGAAUGGCAAGUUAUAUUCAGUCGGAGGUCGUGAUGGAAGUUCCUGUUUGAGUUCAAUGGAAUAUUAUGAUCCUCAUACAAAUAAGUGGAACAUGUGUGCGCCAAUGUGUAAGCGGAGAGGGGGUGUUGGAGUGGCCACGUGCGAUGGUUUUCUCUAUGCCGUAGGAGGUCAUGAUGCUCCUGCUUCAAAUCACUGUUCCCGGUUAUUAGAUUAUGUAGAAAGGUAAGAUCCAAGGUCACAGUUCUAA